CAUACCAAGAUGGCUAGAGAGAGGUGUAAUCCAGGCUGGAAGCUGUCAGUGGAGACUGAGAUGGUGAGAAGCAACCUGAAGUUUGCUCUCAGAGGGAACCACCCACCCAGACCUCUGGUGCCUCCGAUCUACAACUCGUCUACUUACGAGUUGGAGGAUGUGAGGGAAGGAGAGGAGCUAUCCAACACCUCUUCCAAGAAUGGCUACCUAUAUAGUCGCUGCGGCAACCCUACAGUGGAUGUAGCUGCUGAGACAAUUGCAUGCCUUGAAGGAGCAGAGGGGAGUCUGUUGUUUUCCUCUGGCUGUGCUGCCAUCUCCACCUGUAUGACAACCUUCGCUAAGUGCGGGGAUCACAUGGUUCUGUGUCAGCCAGUGUAUGGAGGAGUGAACGCUACAGUGGACAAGAUCCUGGUGAAGCUGGGACUGGAGGUGACCUACAUCAAGGGUAACAGCCUCGAAGAAUACAAGAAAGCCAUCAAACCAAACACUAAGAUCCUGUAUGGAGAGACCCCUGCCAAUCCCACAAUGUCAAUCCUGGAUGUGGAGGGAUUUGCGGCACUGGGGAAGGCCCACCCCCAACUGGUUACCAUGAUAGAUGCCACCUUUGCCUCUCCCUAUCUCCUUCAGCCACUCAAGUAUGGAGUCGACCUUGUCAUGCACAGCUGUACCAAGUACAUCGGAGGGCACACUGAUUUAUUGGGGGGAGUGAUAUCUUUUGCCAGUAAGGAACAUGGUGAAGCUCUCACUGCCACUCAAAUAUACCUAGGAAACAAUAUGUCGCCGUGGGAUGCGUUCAUCCUGCACAGGAGUGUGAAGACACUGGCUCUGAGGAUGGACAGACACAGUGAGAACGCUCUCAAAGUGGCCCAGUUCCUACAAGAUCACCCAAAGGUGGAGAAGGUGUACUACCCCGGUCUACCCUCACAUCCUGACCACGAGCUAGCCAAGAAACAGAUGAGGAAUUUCUCUGGAAUGCUGAGCUUUGAGCUCAAAGGCAGCAUGGAGAAUGGAGUCACACUCGUCGAGAAUGUGAAGGUGAUAAGCCUGGCGGUGAGUUUGGGAGGGGUGGAGUCUCUUGUCUGUCACCCCGCCUCCACCACCCACUGUGACUCAUACGUCCCCGCAGAGAUGAGGAAGGCAGCUGGUGUCACAGACACUAUGAUCCGUCUCAGUGUGGGUAUUGAGAAUGCAGCUGAUCUCAUUAAAGACUUGGAGCAAGCGUUGGACAAAGUAAAAAUCUGACUAUAAAAAUACACAUUAAAGUUCAAACGAUAGAUUUUGAUGUGUUGUACUACAAAAAUUGUAUAAAUAUA